UUCGAAACGCCUGCGCGAAUUUCCUUGGGAAUGGACCCGCGUUGGGGUAGGGGUAGCGCGGGAUUCAGGGUCGAAAUUGCACGGUGGUUGAAAAGCAUCGAGGGACCACAGUCGAGGACAGGCGGUCCCGCGUUUAAGUGGUCCAUCAAUUCCAUGUCGCCUUUGGCCCUGUUCCUUCAUUACGGAGUUUUGGCCAUCACUUUCGGUACCGGUUUCGGCGAUGAACACGAAUACAGACUGACGAAGUAUCUCCUCGAUGGAUACGACGCCGGUGUACGGCCAGCGAAGAACUCUUCUCAACCCCUGGCGGUGGUAUUUGGUCUUUCCCUUCAUCACAUAAUCGAUGUGGACGAGAAGAACCAGAUACUCACGACGAACUGUUGGGUGACCCAGGUCUGGACGGACCAUCAUCUGAAAUGGAAUGCCUCGGAAUUCGCUGGAAUCCGAGUGAUCCGUGUUCCAUACAAUCGCGUCUGGCGGCCGGACACGAUUCUGUACAACAACGCAGAUCCGCAAUACAGCUCGGCGGUCAUCAAUACGAACGUGAUCGUGAGCCACACUGGCGAGGUGGUGUGGCUCAGCCACGGGAUCUUUCGCAGCAGCUGCGACAUCGACGUCGAGUUCUUCCCUUUCGACGAGCAACGAUGCGUGCUGAAAUGGGCCUCGUGGACGUACGAUGGAUACCAACUCGAGCUGGAGAGACAGAGCGAGCAGGGGGAUGUGAGCAAUUAUCAAGCGAACGGGGAGUUCGAUCUGAUCGACUUCUCCGCGAGACGGAACGUCGAGUACUAUUCGUGCUGCCCGGAACCGUAUCCGGACAUCACCUACGAGAUCCGACUACGUCGACGACCGAUGUUCUACGUGUUUAAUCUGAUUCUUCCUUGCAUCCUCAUCAACGGCGUCGCUCUGUUGGUAUUCUACGUGCCCUCGGAAUCAGGGGAGAAAGUCACCCUCGGGAUCUCGGCUCUUCUGUCCAUGACGGUCUUCCUGAUGACCAUACGCGAGACACUGCCACCGACCGAGAAAACGCCGUUGAUCAGUCUUUAUUACGGGGUCAGUAUAUGCCUGGUGUCGUUCGCCUCGGGAUUGGCUGUGGUCACGUUGAAUCUUCAUCAUCGCGGCGUACGGGGCACCAGAGUGCCGGGGAUCGUGAGGUCUUUGGUCCUGGACAAGCUCGCCAGGGUGGUCUUCUUGAAUUUCCAGGAAGAGAACAGAUCGGAACCGGUCGAGCCCGCGAGACGGAAGAACAAUUGUCCGUUGCACUGUAAACCGGAAGUAACGCAGUCGCAGUCGUCGCCGAAAUUCGUGACUCGAAGGGAGGACAGCGGUAGCAGUAGUCCAAGUUUAGAUCUCGGGAAAGAGGGUGGCCUUGAGGCUCAAUGGUCGCGGGUCCUGGGAAGAGUGCACGCGACGAUCGAAAGAAACGAGCGACGUCUCACCGAGCAGGAUCGACGCGAGAGAACGGAAUUGGAUUGGAAACAGGUCGCGUUGGUCAGCGAUCGGGCACUGCUCUGUGUUUUUUUCCUGACGACGAUCGUCAGCACCACCGUCAUCCUGUGCGGCUCGCCGCCGACCACGAACAUUGCCAAAGAGGGCUGA